CGGUACUGCGCGCUUAAACACCGCGCUAUCUCUUCGACUCAUCAAAACGUAGUGCAGAUCUUUCUCUUUAGAAAUCAGAAAGUCCUAGAUAUUUUCUUCCUUGUUUUUCCGUAACUUUUUCCGUUUAAGUUUUGUUAACAUGGCUGGCAAAGGCAAUGGUCCGGCAAUUGGGAUCGACUUGGGAACGUGCUAUUCGUGUGCGGCAGUUUGGAAACAAAACCGGGUGGUGAUCAUACCCAAUGAGCUUGGGUACCGAAAGACUCCAUCUUAUGUGGCUUUCAAUGAGACCCACCGUUUGAUUGGUAAUGGGGCCGUGGACCAGGCUGCCAUGAAUCAUAGCAACACUGUUUUUGACGCUAAACGUUUGAUUGGGAGGAAAUUCGACGAUGCCUCAGUGCAACGUGACAUGAAAUUGUGGCCAUUCAAGGUGGUUCCUGGCCCUGGUGGGAGGCCACAUAUUGUGGUUGAAUACAAAUACGAGGAAAAGCGGUUUUUGCCCGAGGAAAUCUCUUCAAUGAUUCUCAUAAAGAUGAAGGAGAUUGCUGAGGCUUACUGUGGUUCGAAGAUAAAAAAUGCUGUUAUCUCUGUCCCUGCUCGUUUCAAUCAUUCACAGCGUCAAGCAACGAUGGAUGCUGGUGUCAUUGCAGGCCUGAAUGUGAUGCGAAUAAUCAACGAGCCAACUGCUGCUGCUAUUGCAUAUGGGCUUGACAAGGAGAAUAAUGCUGGUGAGAAGCAUGUGCUCAUCUUUGAUCUUGGUGGUGGUACUUUGGAUGUCUCGCUUCUCGCCAUUGAAGGCGAUCUUUUUGAAGUGAAAGCUACGGCUGGUGAUACCCACUUGGGAGGUGAGGAUUUUGACCGUAGAAUGGUGAACCAUUUCCUUCAAGAGUUCAGAAAAAAGCAUAAGCGGGAGAUUGCUGGUGGAAAGGCUCUUAGGAAGUUGUGGACUGCUUGUGAAAAUGCCAAGAGGAUCCUCUCAUAUAAUACUCGAACUACAAUUGAUAUUGAUUGUCUGUUUGAUGGUAUUGACUUUAACACAAGCAUUACCCGAGCAAGGUUUGAGGAGCUUAACAUGGAUUUGUUCAGAAAGUGUAGGGAGCCCCUUAAUAAGUGUUUGAAGGAUGCUAAGAUCGAUAAGAACAGUGUCCAUGAUGUGGUUCUAGUUGGAGGGUCUACUAGGAUCCCCAAGAUCCGGGAAUUGUUGCAGGAAUUCUUUGAUGGGAAGGAGCUCUGCAAAAGGAUUAACCCUGAUGAAGGUGUUGCUUAUGGUGCUGCUGUUCAGGCCGCAAUUCUCAACAGUGAGGGUGGUUGGAGAGUGCAGAAUAUCUUGUGCUUAGAUGUCACUCCUGUUUCCCUUGGUUUGGAGACUGCUGGAGGUGUCAUGACUGUUUUGAUUCCAAGGAAUACCGCAAUUCCCACCAAGAAGGAGCAGGUGUUCUCAACAAAGAAAGAUAACCAGCCUGGCGUGCUGAUUCAGGUGUAUGAGGGUGAAUGUGGCAGCACUCAUGACAACAACUUGCUGGGCAAGUUCGAACUCUCUGGUAUUCCUGCUGCUCCUCGUGGAGUUCCAAAAAUCACCGUUUCCUUUGAUGUCAAUGCCGAUGGUAUCUUGAGCGCCUCUGCCAAGGAAAAAAUAACUGGACAGAAGACUGACAUCACAAUCACCCACAAGGGCAGGCUCUCCGAGGAAGAGAUUGAGAAGUUAGUGCAGGAAGCUAAGAAGUACAGGGCUGAGGACGAGAAACAUAAAAUGAAAGUUGAUGCAAAGAAUGAACUGGAGAACUAUGCUUACAACAUGAUGAACGCAUUCAAAGACGAAAAGAUUGAAGCUAAGGUCCCUGCUGCAGAUAAGAAGAAGAUUGAAGAAGCAAUUGAGCUGGCUAUCCAUUGGCUUGACGGAAACCAACUUACUGAGGCAGAAGAAUUUGAGUUCAAGAAGGGCGAGCUGAUGAGCAUCUGCGACCCUUUCAUUGCCAAAAUUGAUCAAGGUGCUGAAGGUGACACGAGUGGAACCACGCAAGGGGAGUCUGAGAAGUGCAUUGAUCAGCAAAAGGAGUGUAAUAUCAAGGUCGAGGCAAAGAAUGCACUGGAGAACAUGAGGUACAAAAUCAGAGCUGUGAAGAACGCUUUGACAAAGACCGAGGAUGCAAUUGAGCAGACUAUCCUUUGGCUUGAUACGAACCAGAAUGCCGAGGGAGGGGAGGUUGAGAAGAAGAUGAAGGAGCUGGAGGGCAUCUGUCACCCGUUCAUUGCCAAAAUGAACUAAGGUGCUGGUGGUGAUAAUAAAUAAAUAAUAAAAAAUAAAAAUUAUAGUUUUCUUUGUACUGUAAUCUGGUCUUUGUUUGUGAGUAAUUGGAAGCUGUAGAGGCUUGAAGGGUGAGGCUUUAGGUACUUUUAUUGCACUUAUAUAUUAGCAUUGUAACUCAGCUGUGUAUAUUUGGUGUUAUUGGGAUGUUUAAGCUAUGUUGUGUUGUGAUGUGGGAAAAAAUUAUAGAAAUCAGAUUUCAAUUAGAAA